AUGGCGUUAGUAUCUAUUCGUGACUAUGAGCAACGGGCUUACGAAAUUAUUCCGCCCAAUGCUCGCGAUUACUACCGCAGUGGUGCAGGUGACGAGCUUUCGCUGGGUUUGAACCGAACUGCUUUUGAUCGGUUGCGCAUUCGGCCGAGAAUGUUGCAGGGUAGUGCCGAGCGAGACCUCUCCUGCACCGUGUUCGGUGAACGGUUUUCGAUGCCAAUCGGCAUCUCACCAACGGCUAUGCAACGCAUGGCCCAUCCGGAUGGAGAGGUAGCUAAUGCAAAAGCUGCCGCCAGCCGACAUGUGCCUUUCACACUUAGCACAAUAAGUACGAGCUCGAUAGAAGAGGUUGCCAGCGCUACACCAGGAGCUCCGAAGUGGUUCCAGCUGUACAUCUAUCGCGAUCGCCAGCUUACGGAAGAGUUGGUCCGCCGAGCCGAACAGGCCGGCUUUCGGGCAAUUGUGCUUACAGUUGACGCACCACUCUUUGGACUGCGAAGGGCAGAUUUGCGCAACAAGUUUUCCCUACCUCCCCAUUUAAAAAUGGCCAAUGUCGUUGGGAGAGCCGCAGCAACAGUACGUAGCAAAGGUGGUUCCGGUAUCAAUGAGUACAUCUCGGAACAACUUGAUCCCACUCUCUCUUGGGAUGACGUGAAAUGGCUGGUAGGAUUUACAAAACUUCCAGUCAUCGUGAAGGGAAUUCUCACGCGCGAAGAUGCAAUAAUUGCGGCAGAUAUAGGUGUGCAGGGAAUAUUCGUUUCCAAUCACGGUGCACGCCAGGUGGACUCUGUUCCAGCUUCGAUUGAAGCCUUACCGGAGGUCGUCAAUGCUGUCGGUGAUCGCAUGGAAAUAUUCAUGGACGGAGGCAUUACGCAAGGCACAGAUGUGUUCAAGGCACUUGCGCUCGGUGCACGAAUGGUGUUCUUUGGAAGGCCCGCGCUUUGGGGGCUUGCGGUUAAUGGGCAGCAGGGAGUCGAACAUGUGCUGGAUAUUUUGCGCAAGGAGUUGGACCUUACAAUGGCACUCGCCGGGUGUCGAGCAAUUGCCGACAUCACGAAACAAUAUGUCGUGCAUGAACAAUACUACAGUAAGCUGUAAAGUUUGUAGUGAAAACAAGUUAAAAAGACCAGUCCGUUGUACUAAUAAGGCUGAAAGAUGCCACAACGAGACCAAAGGGUGACAUUAAGCUGAUGGAAAUUAAGCAAAAUAUGAAUAACU